ACGCAUCUGUCCAAUCAGCUUGCAGUCAAUGCUUCAUUCACCUGAAAGAAGAUAUUAAACUGUUAUACGAGUAAAGACUUAUUCUAUUGACGCUGAGACAUCGACUUGGUAUUAAGGUUUAACAAUAGUCUUCAAUAAGCUAUUUGAAGGAUAUCUAAAAUACUUAUCAAUACAAAAAUAAAAGAUGUCAGUAAACCCGGGCGGUCGGAGGCUGAAACAGUGGCUAGUUGAGCAGAUCCAGAGCGGCCAGUACCCGGGGCUGGUCUGGGAGGACGACAGCCGCAUUAUGUUCCGUAUCCCCUGGAAACAUGCUGGGAAGCAGGAUUACAACCAGGAGGUAGACGCUUCUAUCUUCAAGGACACACCUCAAAUAUUGCCACCUUUCCCCCCUCAGUGCAAGCGAGCUGAUUUUAGACAGGCCUGGGCGGUGUUUAAGGGGAAGUUUAAGGAGGGGGAGAAGGCUGAGCCUGCUACAUGGAAGACCAGGCUGCGGUGUGCCCUCAAUAAGAGCCCCGACUUCGAGGAGGUGGGAGACAGGUCCCAGCUGGACAUCUCUGAGCCCUACAAGGUGUACCGCAUUGUCCCCGAGGAGGAGCAGAAGACAGGUAAAAGUGCAGCAGCAGCUUUGACAUCUAGCCCUGGUGACAGUACUGACAUGGACUGCAGCUCUGCACACCUGGAGGAGCUCAUCAAAGAGGUGAAGCAGUCUUCUAGUGAUGAGUACCUUGGCAUUAUCAAGAGGAGCCACUCUCCCCAGGAGGAUGGCUGUAGGAUGCAGCCCAGUCCAGAGUACUGGUCCCAGGGAAGUGUCAGUGUCUUCCCGGGACAUCAAGAUCCCUCGCCGAUGGGUUCUUUCAAUGCCGCCUUCUCCCAGAUGAUCAUUAACUUCUUCUAUGGGGGGAAGCUGAUGGACAGCGUGGUGACAUCUCAUGCUGAUGGCUGUCGUAUCUCUCCGGGUCAGCCUCCCUUGGUCCAGCACAGGUCCCCCUACGGUCUCCCAGACAGCCUGCAGAACGUCUGUUUCCCUCCCGCUGAACUCAUCGAGGUUGAGCGCCAACGCCAUGUCACCCGCAAGCUCCUGGGCCACCUGGAGAGGGGUGUGCUGGUCCGUGCCAACCGCGAGGGCAUCUUCAUCAAGAGGCUGUGCCAGAGCCGUGUGUUCUGGAGCGGGUUGGGGGGAUUGGGCCCCCAUUACAGCCCUGGGGGGCCCUGCAAACUGGAGAGAGAUGAUGUGGUCAAGAUUUUUGACACAGGAAGGUUCUUCCAAGCUCUCCAGCUGUACCAGGAGGGCCAGAUUCCCGCCCCUGACCCCAUGGUGACCCUGUGUUUCGGGGAGGAGCUUCAUGACCUCAGCACAGCCAAGACCAAACUUAUCAUCGUCCAGGUCACUCCAGUGAACUGCCAGCAGCUGUUGGAUGCAGUGAGCAUGCGUCGUUCCCAGUACAGCAGUCCUAACCUGGAGAUCCAGUCAGACGAGCUGCAUGCCGGGGAGCAGAUGGCCCGGAUCUACCAGGACCUGUGUAGCUACACCGCCCCCCAGAGGGUAGCCUGCUACAGGGACAACAUGCCCAUCACCGCCUGAACAGAGCACCUUCCUUCACUCCCCCUCAUUGAUAUAACAAGAAAGGACUGACAUGACAUAUGGUGAAAUAUGUCACUAACUUACACUUCAGCCUCUCACACGUUUUAGCCCUUGCUUACAGCAAUGCUUUUCAAUUCUUCAGAGCCAAUCAGCAAGGGCAUACUUUGAUGAAUGGAGAAAGAGAUGGGAUAGAGGAUCGGAACAAAGCCAAUACUUGCAAGGUGUGAACUGAUAGGACCCAAAGCUACGCAGCUUGGGUGUUACAGAGACACUGUGUGUCAAGAAAGGGAAGUACUAUACAACCUUAUUACAAAUGGUGCUGUAAAGGUAUUAAAAGGUUUACUCAUCAAAUGUAACACCCCAGGAAGUAUACCACAUGUUUCCCCCAAUCCAGAAGAAAAAUAGUUUAAAUGUAAUACAAUUCAAAAUAUAGUAGUUUGAACUAUUCUGUCUUGUAAACCUACUAUCAUCAAGGUUAUCACUAUUCAUUUUUAAACAACAUGUGGUUAAUUUAAUACAGCAGUAAAGUUGAUUGAAUAAACCCUGAAGUGUCGAAUGUUAUAUUAGAAUUUGUGUGUCUAUCGAUUGACUAGCUUUUGUGUGAUUUCUUUGUCAGAUUUCUCACUUGCCUUUAAUGUAUUUUUUAUUAGGGAAAAUUUGAUUGAUAUUCAAUCCAAUACGCCAUACUAGUCAUCAUAUCAGAGUACAUUUAAACAUGGAUGGACAAUAAAGGGACAGCAUAACUAAAAGGAAGGCAGGACAUUUAGGUACCAGUACACCAGAUUACCUAUUUUCUUUAUAUGUAGAACAUCCUUAUCCUUUAAAUUUGUUCUAUUUGUACUGUAGAAACAUAUUUUUCUGAAUACUGUAUGAGAGAUUUUAACAGCAACAUGAUUGCUUGGAUUGUAUUUGAUAUAGAUAGGUUUUACUAUCCUAUUCUGUCCACUGUUUUACUCUCUUUGAAUUCAUUUUUCAAAUAAAUAAAGAAUUAUCAAACCUUUCA